CACAGAUAUGCAUACACUCACAUAUAUUCCUUUUUAGUUUUUUGAAAAUGGCAGAGUAUUUAAACUCGAGCAAAGCUCCACACUAUUAUCAGUUAAAAUUUGCUCUACCACAAAGCAACUUCCAAACUAAGAAUAAACAAGAUGUUCAAAUACUUCGCUCUCGUUUUCGUCGCGCUCUUCGCCUUCGCCGCUGCCGAGCCCAAACCCGCUGUGGUGGCAGCACCAUUGGCUUACUCAGCUCCCUUGGUGGCCUCUCCCUACGCCGCUGCUUAUGCUGCCCCCUAUGCCGCUUACGCCGCCGCUCCUUAUGCCGCCUACGCUUCCCCCUACGCCGCCUACUCCGCUUACCCAUACAGCGCCACCUAUGUGCUCCGCAAGUAA